AGUGGGCACUGGUCAUCUGGCACGACAGCGGGCAACGAGUCAUCUGGCACGACAGCGGGCAACGAGUCAUCUGGCAGGACAGCGGGCACCGAGUCAUCUGGCACGACAGCGGGCACCGAGUCAUCUGGCACGACAGCGGGCAACGAGUCAUCUGGCACGACAGCGGGCAACGAGUCAUCUGGCAGGACAGCGGGCACCGAGUCAUCUGGCAGGACAGCGGGCACCGAGUCAUCUGGCACCACAGCGGGCACCGAGUCAUCUGGCACCACAGCGGGCACCGAGUCAUCUGGCACGACAGCGGGCACUGAGUCAUCUGGCAUGACAGCGGGCAACAAGUCAUCUGGCACGACAGCGGGCAACGAGUCAACUGGCACGACAGCGGGCACCGAGUCAUCUGGCACGACAGCGGGAAACGAGUCAUCUGGCACGACAGCGGGCACCGAGAGUCAUCUGGCACGACAGCGGGCACCGAGUCAACUGGCACGACAGCGGGCACCGAGUCAUCUGGCACGACAGCGGGCAAUGAGUCAUCUGGCACGACAGCGGGCAACGAGUCAACUGGUAAGACAGCGGGCACCGAGUCAUCUGGCACGACAGCGGGCACCGAGUCAUCUGGCACGACAGCGGGCACGAGUCAUCUGGCAUGACAGCGGGCAACGAGUCAUCUGGCACGACAGCGGGCAACGAGUCAUCUGGCAGGACAGUGGGCAACGAGUCAUCUGGCACGACAGCGGGCAAUGAGUCAUCUGGCUGGAUCGGGUCAUCAGGCCGGCGGACACUGGGUCAUCAGGCAUCCGGGCAUCAGGCUGAACAGAAGGCGGGGUCUCAGACUGCAGGCUAACUGGUUUGGAU